CUGUGUAGACACACACAGACACACCCACACACAGACGUCUCUUAGUGUGCCCAUCUCAGGAUGCGAUGUUCAGUCAGAUGGCAGUGGAGGAGAGACCAGAGUGCAUCGGAAUGGGUGCCCUUCCCCUCCAAAACACAUCUGCUUACUGAGAUUUAGCCACAGGACACAAAGGAGAAAAAGAGAGCAGCCGUGUAGUGAAAGGAUGUUUUCUCUGUUCUGGAGGGUCCUGCUGGAGCUCUUACUGGUUUGGUGGAUGUUUGAAGGGGUCAUCAGGUGUGUGUUUAGUAAAGAGCUGAAAUCACCCAGCACCAGGGUGAAGCCCAUGUCACCAUCUGAUUUUCUGGAUAAAUUAAUGGGAAAAACAUCUGGAUAUGAUGCUCGGAUCAGGCCUAACUUUAAAGGUCCUCCAGUAAAUGUUACUUGCAACAUUUUUAUCAACAGCUUUGGUUCCAUCACAGAGACCACCAUGGAUUAUCGGCUGAACGUUUUUCUUCGGCAGCAGUGGAAUGACCCACGGCUGGCUUAUAAAGAGUAUCCAGAUGAUUCCCUGGACCUGGACCCAUCCAUGCUGGACUCCAUCUGGAAGCCAGACUUGUUCUUCGCCAAUGAGAAAGGCGCCAACUUUCACGAGGUCACAACAGACAACAAACUGCUGAGGAUUUUCCAGAAUGGAAACGUACUGUAUAGCAUCAGACUCACUCUGAUUCUGUCGUGUCCUAUGGAUCUGAAGAAUUUUCCAAUGGACAUACAGACCUGCACCAUGCAGUUAGAGAGCUUUGGCUACACUAUGAAUGAUCUGAUAUUUCAGUGGUUGGAUGAAGGCCCAGUGCAAGUGGCUGAUGAACUUGUGCUGCCCCAGUUUGUCCUGAAAGAGGAGAAAGAUUUGGGAUACUGUACAAAACACUACAACACUGGUAAAUUCACCUGUAUAGAGGUGAAAUUUCAUCUGGAGAGGCAGAUGGGUUACUACCUGAUCCAGAUGUACAUUCCCAGCCUCUUAACUGUUAUCUUGUCAUGGGUCUCCUUCUGGAUCAACAUGGAUGCCGCCCCGGCCCGUGUUGGCCUGGGCAUCACUACAGUUCUCACAAUGACGACACAGAGCUCUGGAUCCAGAGCGUCACUGCCUAAGGUGUCCUAUGUGAAGGCCAUUGACAUCUGGAUGGCAGUGUGCUUGCUGUUUGUCUUUGCUGCUUUGCUGGAGUACGCAGCAGUUAAUUUUGUCUCUCGGCAACACAAAGAAUUCUUCAGACUGAGGAGAAAACUGCGGGAAGAGCAACGCUAUAGAGCUGCAUCUGGUCAGGCUGGAGGAGCAGAUAUGAAGAACAAAAGCAACAAUGUUACGGGCAGUACGCCGAGCAGAAGCACACAACGCCACUGCAGUGCCUGUGCACGGGAAGAGCAGUUAGACUCACAGAGCCAGGACUUGUACUUCACGGGAUACGGGAUGGACAGCUGUCUGUCUGGGGAUGGGCCUCUCUCUGAGGCUGCCUCCAUGUUUGUGGGCCUGCCGCCCGGCCACGUUCUGUUCGAGAUCCGCCGCCGCUUCGUGGAACGAGCCAAGCGGAUCGACACCAUCUCACGAGCCGUCUUCCCCCUCAGCUUCCUCGUUUUCAACGUCUUCUAUUGGAUCACGUACAAAGUUCUUAGAAAUGAGGACAUUCACCUUGCCCUGCAACCCUGAUUCCUUUUAAGACUUCUGAAAUCCCAGUAUCCCAUUUUUUGUGCCCAUUUAAAUCCAGUGUGAGGAAGAGAUCCCUUAUCAAGGACGUUUAAAAUCACUCCAGUUGAGGAAAGGUGCAACACGUUCUCUCUGCUCGAGUGAACAUAUAUGCAUGUGUCUAUGACCACUUUUGAAAAGAUCUAAACCUUUAGUUUAUAUGCAAUGGCUGAAUCCCUCCUGACCUUUGAGAUGCA